AUGCCGGUUUCAACGCGGUCUCAAAUCACCACCACCACCACCAACCAUGGCGAAAACGAACCAAACCCGACAACAACACAGAGACUGAGAAACCCUCACCAUGGCCUAAAGGAGAAGCUGAAGACGCUCACUCUUUUAUACGAGCAACAGAAGCAAGCUUCUGUAGCUCUCAAGAACGGGUCUUUAAGACCCCCACAAGAGAAAAACGUGAUGCGAGAAAACACAAUGCCCAACACAACAAUCACAAGAACCUUUGUGUUACCUCAACCACCCUCAAACGACGAAGAUGCUAAGGAGAAUAUAGUUGUUGGGUCUGAUAGAAUUGUCGGGUUUUCGUGCCCACGAAAGACAACAUCAACAACAACGAAUGUUUGUGUCUCGAGUUCUGCUACCGUGGCACGGAAACUGUCGAUGGGGAUGGUUCAAGAGUUUGAGAAGGUUGACGCGGUUUCGGAGAAGCAAGGGAAGGUUGGGAGUAGGAUCCUUGUGUUCGUGAGGCUUAGGCCUAUGAACAAGAAGGAAAAGGAAGCGGAGUCACGGUGCUGUGUCAGAAUCGUUAAUCGCCGUGACGUUUAUCUAACGGAGUUUGCCAAUGAAAACGAUUAUCUCAGACUUAAUAGGCUUCGUGGACGCCACUUUACCUUCGAUGCCGCGUUUCCUGAUUCCUCAACUCAACAAGAAGUUUACUCCACCACAACCUCAGAACUUGUGGAAGCGGUUCUGCAAGGGAGGAAUGGAUCGGUUUUCUGUUAUGGAGCAACGGGGGCUGGGAAGACUUACACAAUGCUUGGGACAGUGGAGAAUCCAGGGGUGAUGGUUUUGGCAAUUAAGGAUCUUUUCAGUAAAAUCAAGCAGAGAAGUUUUGAUGGAAGCCAUGUGGUUCAUCUCUCUUAUCUUGAGGUUUAUAAUGAAACUGUUAGGGAUUUGCUCUCCCCUGGAAGGCCUCUUGUUCUUAGAGAAGAUAAACAGGGGAUUGUAGCGGCAUGCCUUACACAAUACAGAGCUUAUUCCACUGAUGAAGUGAUGGCAUUGCUUCAGCAAGGAAAUCAGAACCGAACUACAGAACCAACUCGUGCAAACGAAACAUCUUCACGUUCCCAUGCAAUUUUGCAGGUUGUGGUAGAAUACCGAGUUAGAGAUGCUUCAAUGAAUAUUGUUAACCGUGUGGGCAAGCUCUCAUUAAUUGAUCUUGCAGGAUCAGAGAGAGCUCUUGCCACGGAUCAAAGAACUCUUAGAUCUCUUGAAGGUGCCAAUAUAAACCGGUCUCUUCUUGCACUGAGCAGUUGCAUUAAUGCUCUUGUAGAGGGCAAGAAACACAUACCAUAUAGAAAUUCAAAACUCACUCAGCUUCUCAAGGAUUCACUAGGAGGAAUUUGUAACACUGUCAUGAUUGCAAACAUAAGCCCAAGUAACCUCUCAUUUGGUGAAACUCAGAACACAGUUCACUGGGCUGAUAGAGCCAAGGAGAUUCGUGCAAAGGUAAGUGAUGCAAAUGAGGAUCAAUUACCAGUGCCUGAGACAGAAACUGACCAGACCAAGCUUGUACUUGAGCUGCAAAAGGAGAAUCGUGAUUUGAGAAUACAAUUAGCAAGGCAGCAACAGAAGUUCUUGACCCUCCAAAAACAAUCCUUAGCUUCACAUGCCUCACCAACACCACCUUCAGCUGGAUCACUUUCCACUCCUCCAACUUCUGCUCAACCAAUUGAAAAAAGAAGGGCUAGAACCUCUUUCUUGGCUGGAACUUGUUUCACUCCAGAAACCAAGAAGAAGGGACCUGAACUAGCUGUCAAGACACUUCAACGAACCGUAAAAGCACUUGAGGCAGAGAUAGAGAGACUGAAGAAAGAUCAUAGCUUGCAGCUAAAGCAAAAGGAUGAUCUUAUUUACGAGCUCUCACAAAAGGGUGGAAAACAAACAUUAACAACAAUGGAGGUGGGAAAGGGAGUGAUGACCAGGGCUAAGGAUCCACACAAUAGUGAGAUGAAGAGUCCAAGUCAACGUUUUCGAUCACCAGCACCAACUGCCAAGAAACGAAGCUUUUGGGACAUAACCACAACUAAUAGUCCAUCAGUUACUACAUUAAAUGGGAGAAAAACUAGAAGUCAUGUCCUUGCUGAACCUACUGCACCUCCUCCAUCCUUGCUUCUUCAGCCUGGUUUUGCUCGUCAAAAAGCCAAUAUUUAAAGUAAGUGAUUUUAUGAUGGAGUGGAAAUUGAAGUUGCCAGAGCACCGGAAAGUUCUGUAUUACACAUUUAGAGAGAUCAUUGCAGACAUGCUAUGCUCCUCCUUUGUGACCAUCUUUUUUAUGUCUCUACUCAAAGGAUGAUAGUGUAGUUAGCUGCAGGCUCGAGU